GCAUAGUUCCGUUUAUUUAAUUUGUCACUUCUUUUGAAUGCUUCUCCAAAUUGACUUUACUUAUGACUGAACUUAGCGUGGCCAGCAGGCCGAUCGCGCGUGACAGCAAAAGUGCUGACACUAGCAAAAUAUACAAAUAUGUAUAUAUGAAGUUCAUACUCGAUACCCAAUGGGAGUCAAGUGCGUCCCCUAAAGGCGUACAUUGCUGAACUUGCAUAUUUAGGACUAGGAUGGACUUAAGGAUCUAGGGUGGUCUUUAGUUUACUUAUUGGUUGUCUUAUUAUUAUGAUUCAUAUUAUUAUUAUUAUUAAUAUUAUUCCCGCAAGGGCACCCCAACCGGGUGACGGGCCUGACACACCCGCGAUCCCUAGUCACGACACGACCAUGGAUACCACUAGGACUAACGAUUAGAUAUAACCUACUUGAAUCGAUGAUCUCGGGCUGACGGAUGAGGCAUUCUGUUACCUUAGUAAGUAAGAGUGACACCUCGCUGAACCGGCUUUCAGGAUAAUGCCUCACUUGCCUCCGUCCAAAUAAAACUUAGCAAGUCUCUAAGUACGUUCGAGCCGCACACCGAUGGCUCGGUGGUGCAGGUGCAGUUGAAAGGAAUCCUGCUUAGAGUCCGUCCUGGCUCUGAACACAGUUGCCCAUGAAGCUCUGUGUCAACCCUCGCAUGAACCUCACUGCUUGCAUAGGGACCCAUGGGGGCGCAACAGGACUACUGCACAUAUGCGGGGAGAUAGCGGCCUAGAGUUUGGACCCACUCACACAAGAUGAACAACACACAACGAAACAAGAACAAUGAAGGAGACGUAUUUAGGAAGAGCGGCCUGAUGGCAAGAACACCGGACAACAACGCGACGACGAUGACCAACCUAACGAUGUGGACAAGGACAAGACAGAGGCUGAAGGUGAAAAACCCCCCACCCGCCGUCACACAGACCUCGACGUGAUGCUCCCCACGACAGGAGCUUAUAUAUAAGAUGCAGGCGUUAGAAGAAAAGGCCUUAUCGCAAUGCAAAGCCAUUCUAAGGAAAAUGAAGAUAGCAAUGCAGAAGCAACGGAACAUCAGUAUGGACGUCAAGGAUGGCACCUCAGAAAUGAGUGAGCUCUUUGAUGUCAUAGAAAAUUAUCGAUCGAGCUGGAAAGCUGCUGAACUAGAGCGCUCAAAGGAAUCGAGGAAGGCCAAAGAAAAUACAUCCGGCAAUUUAUUGAGCGAAACACCAGUUUCGACGGAUUUCAAACGGUCACAUAUAAGAAGGGGAAAAAGGAAAGCAACACUAAAGAAGCGGACGUAAGGCACAGUGGAGAAAACAAAAAACAAGCCUAGCGCAAGAACGCGCACUCGCCCUGAAGCUGUGCUAGUCAGACCAGCAGAGGGAAAGAGCUAUGCCGAGGUGUUGUGCAACCUGCGAAAAAACCUGAAACCAGAGGAUUCCGACAGUAAUAUACAGUCGGUUAGAAAAACCAAGUCAGUCACGGCACGACCAUGGAUACCACUAGGACUAACGAUUAGAUAUAACCUACUUGAAUCGAUGAUCUCGGGCUGACGAAUGAGGCAUUCUGUUACCUUAGUAAGUAAGAGUGACAUCUCGCUGAACCGGCUUUCAGGAUAAUGCCUCACUUGCCUCCGUCCAAAUAAAACUUAGCAAGUCUCUAAGUACGUUCGAGCCGCACACCGAUGGCUCGGUGGUGCAGGUGCAGUUGAAAGGAAUCCUGCUUAGAGUCCGUCCUGGCUCUGAACACAGUUGCCCAUGAAGCUCUGUGUCAACCCUCGCAUGAACCUCACUGCUUGCAUAGGGACCCAUGGGGUCGCAACAGGACUACUGCACAUAUGCGGGGAGAUAGCGGCCUAGAGUUUGGACCCACUCACACAAGAUGAACAACACACAACGAAACAAGAACAAUGAAGGAGACGUAUUCAGGAAGAGCGGCCUGAUGGCAAGAACACCGGACAACAACGCGACGACGAUGACCAACCCUAACGAUGUGGACAAGGGCAAAACAGAGGCUGAAGGUGAAAUAACCCCCCACCCGCCGCAACCGACUGCCCUGUUCACACAGACCUCGACGUCAUGCUCCCCACGACAGGAGCUUAUAUAUAAGAUGCAGGCGUUAGAAGAAAGGGCCUUAUCGCAAUGCAAAGCCAUUCUAAGGAAAAUGAAGAUAGCAAUGCAGAAGCAACGGAAUAUCAGUAUGGACGUCAAGGAUGGCACCUCAGAAAUGAGUGAGCUCUUUGAUGUCAUAGAAAAUUAUCGAUCGAGCUGGAAAGCUGCUGAACUAGAGCGCUCAAAGGAAUCGAGGAAGGCCAAAGAAAAUAUAUCCGGCAAUUUAUUGAGCGAAACACCAGUUUCGACACUGAAGAAGAGGACAGCCACUAGGCCGGCUGCGCAAGAGCCGAGCAAGAAGGUCCGAAAUACGCAGACAAAUGACGGAUUUCAAACGGUCACAUAUAAGAAGGGGAAAAAGGAAAGCAACACUAAAGAAGCGGACGUAAGGCACAGUGGAGCUGAGAAAACAAAAAACAAGCCUAGCGCAAGAACGCGCACUCGCCCUGAAGCUGUGCUAGUCAGACCAGCAGAGGGAAAGAGCUAUGCCGAGGUGUUGUGCAACCUGCGAAAAAACCUGAAACCAGAGGAUUCCGACAGUAAUAUACAGUCGGUUAGAAAAACCAAGUCAGGUGAUAUGCUUUUAGAACUUUCAAAAAGAAGCAAAACGGACAAACUGUGCGAUGUUAUUAAGGAUACACUCAAAGAGUGUGCUACAGCGAAGACCAUAAAGCAAUUAGUCAAACUGGAAAUAAGAGAUAUCGACAGCAUCACACAAGAGGAUGAAAUAAUCUCAGCAAUAAGAGAAGGAAUAGGCGAUACAAGCCAAGAAAUUUUAAUACAACUGACAGGAGUAAAUAGGUCAGAACAAAGGCGAGCCUUUGUUACACUACCUAUGAGGGACGCGUCAAAGAUAUUGGCGGAGCAGAGAAUAAAAAUAGGAUGGACCCGCUGCCGGGUUAAGCGGUGUCUUGACAUAAAGAGAUGCUUUAAGUGUUUCGGGGUCGGACAUGUGCAAAAUAACUGCAACGGACCGGAUAGGAGAGACCUCUGCAUCAGAUGUGGUGAAAGCGGACAUAAAAUGAAGACUUGCACAAAGGCACCCAGAUGUUGUAUCUGUGCAUCGGAGAACAGGAGCGACGUUGGACACCUCCCUGGGACAGCGAACUGCUCUAGCGUAGCCAAAAAGGAAAGCCAUGAAGAUUCUUCAAGCUAAUAUGCAUAGAAGCAGAACGGCAAACGACCUGCUGCACCAAAUUGUGAUAGAAAACCAAAUCGACGUGGUUAUCAUUUCUGAACAAUAUAAGAGACGGGAGGAAGGGGUUUGGCUAGAAGCCGAUACAAAGACGGUGGCAAUAUGGAUCCCCGACCCUACCACGGUUCCACACAGAAACGACAAAAGAGGAAGAUGCCACGUCCUAACACAAAUCAGAAACUGGACGAUAGCUAGCUGCUACUUGACCCCAAGUGACGAUAUUCAGACUUUCCAGACGAAACUUGAAGGUAUUGAAGACAACGCAAGGCAAAUAAGAGGCGACCUUAUAAUAGCAGGUGACUUUAACUCAAGAGCAAUAGAAUGGGGUAUGCCGUCAACCGACUCUCAAGUCCGUAGAGUUCUCAAUAUGUUCUCAAUAUAUUUUCGUUCGGAUCGGCACGUAGAUGCCUGGAGGAACUUGUUGGAGCAAUAACCCCAGAAAAUAUUGUUAGAAAAAUGAUAGACAGCGAAUCAGCCUGGAAACAUAUCGCAGGAUUUGUAGAGACCAAUCUCAGAGCUAAAAAGCCUGAUUUGGACGAAACAACUGGAUAAUCUGGACGCAGAAAAAAGAUGAGAGCGCAUAGCCCUUAACUGGCACCACUUCGAAGUAAUGGCGAAAGCUUUCCCGGGGUGGAAAAACGGCCAAAGGCGAGGGGGGUU